AUGAGCGAUAAGUGCGCGCCUCUCCCGACGACGCGAAGCCCGCGCGACAAGCCUGGCCCAAAGCGAUGGGGUAACCAGCGGGUCGGCGCCGUUCUGGCCAUCGCGUCGGUUGCGGCCUUAGUGCUAUUCUGCGGUCAGCGGAGUCCUUUGUGCUUGGUAGUAGCCCCUCUGGGUGGUACUGGUUCCCCUGUUUCCCCAGGCCCACGACCUUCUGGGUGGAGUUGGUCGGACAUCGAGCCGAGCCGGACGCUAGAAUGGCAUGCCUGCUUCGAAGAUGGGCAGCAUGACUGCGCCAGAUUGGACGCUGCUGAUCUGGUGAAGGUGCCGAUGGACUGGCAAGACCCUCGAAGUGAGCGGAGGGUUGUGUUGGCGAUUGCUCGAAUACGUGCCACGGAUCAUACUGAUUACCGAGGGCCCGUCAUCUUUAAUCCUGGUGAGUGUGGUCAUUGCGGAACCACGGCAAACUGCUUCAACAGAUUGUUGGCGAGAAUCAUCUACGAUCCUCGCGGUGGUCAGUCAAAUCCAUGUUCCAAUUUUUGCUCAAUUCCAGGGGACCUAACAUUGUCAGUUGGCGCAUCCACACCCCGCCACCAAUGCUGGGAAACUCCCGAGCAAGAAAAGUCAUGGAAUCUCCGCGACCCCGGCGUCUUUGACUCUCAUGCCGGCAUCAUUUCAGAUCUCUAUGUUCGUGCGACUGCCUACUCCCAGGCCUGCGAGCGCGCCAUGAACGACUCGGAACUUCUGCGACAUUCUGGCUCCGUCUCUGCCGCCCGGGACCUGCUCGAGAUUGUGAACCAGGGAUCCCACGACAAUCUCAGGUAUUGGGGUUUCAGCUACGGAACCAUUAUCGGUGGCGUUUUCGCUGCCAUGUACCCUGACCGCGUAGAGAGGCUGGUCAGCGACGGCAACGUGGACUACGAAGAGUGGUUCAACACGAAGCACCUCAACUUUGUGCACGACACGGAAAAGGUCGUCGAGGCCUUUUACGACUCCUGUCACCAGGCGGGGCCCGCCAAGUGUGCGUUCUACGAGGACACGCCGCAGGGCAUCAAGGAACGGCUCGACCGUCUCUUCGCGGCCGUCAAGCAACACCCCGUCAUCAUCUCGCCCAGCGACGAGGGUCCUGCCGUCCCGAGCUGGUGA